CCAAUGGACUCGUCAUUCGUCGAUCCAUCAACAGCUCUCGGCAUUCUCGGUGGUGUUGGUGUAUUUGUGUUUGCAAUUUAUUAUAUGAUAUUCAUGAAUCGACAAGAGGAUAAUUUUGACAAGGCUUACAACCGCGACGCAUUGGCUCUUUUGACUGACAACAACGAGAAGAAGAAACAGCCAAAAAAUAAGACAAAGAAGCAACAGCAAACGGGCAAAAAAGCACAAGAUGCCGCUCCAGCUCCGGCUUCAGCUGCUCCAGCUGCUCCAAAUGCUCCAACUCCAACGGCUCAGCAACAACCAUCACCAAAAGCUUCUGCUGCUCCAAUUCCAGAAAAACCGGAAAUUCAAGUCCAAAAAGUGGAAUCUACUCAGGCUUCUGCUCCAAUUCCAGCUCCAGCAGCUCCAACAACUCAAAAAUCGUCUCCAAAAGAGCGAAAAUCGGUGAAUUUGAAGGAUUUGGAUCAGAAAAAGGUGCUCAACAAGCUCUCCGGACUCCCAGAACUCGAUGAAGCUUAUAUUCAAUUCUUGGCUGGAGCAUUCCGUGAUUCUGAUGCUCAGAAGAAUAAUUUGAGUCUGGAAGUUAAGGCUUUGAACAAGAAGAUGACGGAAUCUGCUGUGAAAAUUGAGAAAUUGAAUAAAGAAAAGAUGGCUGUGGAACAACGCGAGAAACACGAGCAAGCUCAACGCCAACAACUCUUGCAAAAAGUGGCUCAAAAUCAGGCUCACGAAUCAGAAUUGGCUCGUCAAAUUCAGGGAAUUGAAGGAAAACUUCGUGUGAAAGAGCAAGAACUUGUUGCCGCAGGAAAAGCUGUCAAAAAUAAUGAAGAGCAUGAGAAAGAGCUGAAGCUGUUGAGAAGCACGAAUUCGAGUUUUUCAACAGAGCUGAAGACGAUUCGAAAGGAACAUGAAGCUCAGUUACAGAAGAAACAAGAAGAAUGGAAGAAGCUACAUGAGCAGUUGGAGCAAGAAAAGGAGAAGCUUAUUUCGGAAAAAGAGCACGCAAAACAGACACAUUUGAAGCUGGCGGCAGCUGUUGAAAAUGUUGAAGCUGAACUUGAAAAGCAAGGAAAAGAAUGGAUUCAAUUGAGCACACACAAUCAAACAUUGAAACAACACAAUUUAGAGUUGGAAGCUGCUCUUUCAGUGGCAAAAGCUCGAGAUCAAGACGGAGAAGCUCAGAAAUGGACGAUGGAAAAAGCUCAGAUGAUUGAGAAUUAUACGCGAUUGGAGGCACUUAUCGGGGAGCUCAAUCGAGAUAUUUCAGAGUUUCACGAAUACAAAAAGCAACAAGAAGUGAUUGUGAAUGAGCUCAAUCAUCGUGAAAAAGCUCAUUUGGAUACAAUUGAGCAACUCCGUGAGCAAAUUUCCAUCGAAAAGAGCAAAUUGGCAGAGCUUCAAGUGGUUUUGGACGCGGAAAAGUCGAAAAUUGUCGAAAUUCCGUUGAAUCAGCCACUGGUGGUUGAGGAGGUUAUUGAGCUUAAAAAGACGAAUGCUAAUUUGGCAGCUGCUGCUCCGAGUACUUCUUCUGGAGCUUCAAAAGAAGACGAGGAAACUGAGAAGCUUAAAGCUGAAAAUGCCCAGUUGCACGAGAAAAAUGAGGAGCUCCGCCGCCGUAAUAUGACAAUUCUGGAAAAGACAGAAGCCGAACCGGGAUUGGUGAUUUGUGAGAGAAAAAGAGUUGCCGAAGAGAUGGGAAAACUUGUUAAGAAACAAUUCAAGACAUUUGACGAUCAAUCGCGUUACUACGAAUGGUUGAACGAAUCGGUAAGCGGAAUCAAGAAGGAUUUGGAUUCGAAAGCUUCUGCUCCAGCGGCUUCAGUUGUUGCUCCAACAAAAGCUCAAAAAGCACCAAAAUGUACGGCUGCUGCUCCAGCGGCUUCAACUGCUGCUGCUCGAUCCACAAAUGAAGGAGAAUGCUGGAAGGCUCUUAAAGCUAUGAAAGACCAUCUCGAGCUGAUCGACCAACUGAAUGACGAACAAGAACGCCGUCAUCAGGAAGAGUUGGAUGCUCUGAGAGCACAAUUGGCAUAAGAAGCUUCACCUCCAGAUUUCCUUCAAUACCUCCUACUCGCUUCAUUUGAAUUUCCUAUUCCUCCCCCACCGUUUCUUUUUUUUUAAUUUGGAAUUUUAUUUGUGAGAGAAUAGAAAAAUAAUCAUUUUCUUUCCGUUUUUCCGCCGCCCUUCGAACACCAAAAAAUAUUGUGAUCCGCCGCCCCCGCACAUCCUGUCGAAAUUUCCCCGUUGGAGACCCCCCCGUACUAAUUGUGUUCCUUUCCCCCACAAAUAUUUAUUUAUUAUUGCCACUUUUAUUGUUUUCCCCCCAUGUUUUACCGCUUAAUUUCGCUGUAAAUGGACUUGAAAUUCCAAUUUUAUGACGUCAUGCACUUUGUGUGACGUCAUAAUUUGUGAUUUUCGGUACUUGCAGUGAAUAAGUUCUUUCCCCCACCAAAUUUCUUUGUGAAAUGAAUAUUUGAAUGGCAAA